GGGUGAUGCCCUCGUCCAAGCACCGCCUGAGAUGCAGCUCCAGGAGACGAGAUGCUUCGUACUGGACUUGGGUCAUGGCCCGGACAGUCUCCUCGAUCUUGUCGUGCAAGGCAUCGUUCUUGAUGAUGGCAUCGAGGGUGCACUUGACGAUCGAGUACUCGGCCUUGACUUGCUCGUUUGGGCCACAGUCAGGCAAGGUAGAGCUCCAGAGUGGCUUAUAGAAACGGCACUUUGGGGUGUUGCUUCUGGCAUGACCCUCUUGCUUGCACGUGGCACAUACAGGGACCUUGGGUGCGGGAAUCUCGACCACGAGGGCUGGGAAGGCAGUGUCGUCACUGGGCUCGUCUGGAAGGGGUGCUUGGCUGACCAUUUCAGCGACCGAGGCAGAGCCAGAGGCAGGGCUGCUGUCGACUCUGGCUGUGCACUUCUUGGUGAAGGGUCUAACAUGGUUGGUCAGGCCACAGGAGGGACACGAUUUGAUGGCGGGCUUCUUGGCCACAUGAGAGUCAUUGGGUGAUCCUGGGUCGGGAUCGGGGGGUGUCUUUCUCUUGGGAGCCAUCUGGCGAGAAAAUAGCAG